GAGUGAGUGUGUGUUGGUUGUGUGUGUGCAUAUUCAUCUCUAUACAUCUGAGAAAGAAAAUAAAGUGAAAAAAAAAAGUGGGAAAGAAGUAAUGUUAGAUGCGUGACAUGUGCUUCGAAAAGAUCUAUCCAAUAAUCUGCAGGCUGUGAUGAGCUGGAUGAGCUCGAGCUAUGACUGUGAUCUACCAAACGAAGAUGUGCGAGACAGAGGCUGUGGAUCAGGUGGACAGGCUACCAUCCAGAGACAGGGUCACAAAAUGGGAUAUCGCUGGCUUCAUUAUCUCAAUCAUAAGCCACCUCGUCGAUCUGAUCUUCGACUGCAAUUUGGCCUACAGAUAUUACACUGACAAUCAGAUUCAGUACUUCUAUAUCACGCUCGUCUUCAUCCUUGUACCUGCCAUGGUCAACACCUGCUUCAGCAUAAGAAUGUACGUUUUGGACCGUGAGAAGCACAGGAAUCCGUCUCUGCCGAACCGUCUGACGAAGCGCGGCUUCUUCUGCAUCUUCAUCCUCCUUCUGCAGUUGGCGCCCGUCCUGCGUUACGUGGAUGCCCUGAAUUACGCGCUGAAAUCGAAGAAGGCCGAGAAGGAGAGGGACGUGGAGAACCAACGGAAAUACUACAAGCUGAUGGUGCAGGAGGAUUCGGACGUGGCGCUGCUGCGCGUGUUGGAGUGUUUCCUAGAGGCGGCCCCUCAGCAGAUCCUGCAGCUCUCGAUCAUCUUCCACACGCACGGCCAAGGCAUCACCAACACCUUGACCUUCAUGCACCAGCUGCUGUCCAUAGGGAGCAGCUUCGCUAGCAUGGCCUGGUCCAUGGCGUCCUACCAAAGAUUGCUCAGGGUGUCGUUGAACAACAAGAACAACAUCACUUGGGCCGGAACAAUCAUGCAGUUCAUGUGGCACUUCCUAGUUACAGUGUCUCGCAUCAUGUGCAUCAGCGUCGUCGCUUCCAUUUACCCGGAGUACACGGUCAUCGCUCUGGUCGUCCACUGGGCCUUCAUGGUCAUCUGGCUCCUCAUCUCCACCCAUCAGCUCUCCUUCUGCAACAACAACCACAUCUACGAGCUCCUCUUCUACAUGAUCUUCGGCACCGUCUUCAUCUUCACGCACGUCAGUCUGAACGACGGCCGAACCCUCUGGAAGUACGUCUUCUUCUAUAUGACGCUGUGCGUCGAGAACGUCGUCUGCACGAUCAUCUGGAUGCUGAAAGCGGACGCCGUCCUCAAGAGCACCCUCUACUACGAGCCCAUCCUCUACAUAAACUUCAUCUCCUUCUUCAUCGGCAUCCUCUUCAUGAUCGUCUACUACAAGAUCUUCCAUCCGAGCACCGGUUACCUAAGCAGGCUGCGACCGAACGCCGUCAACAGCUAACAAAAUCGAAUCGUGACGCUCGCGUCACAACAACAACAAAAAAACAAAAGAACGGAACAAAACCAAAACCUACUUAGCUCUAUUAUAAUUUAUAUAUAUAUAUCCACACACACAUAUAAAUGUGAAAAAAUCGUGUGAACCUAGCUAAAUUAAUUAUUUAUUUUUAGGCGCUCUCUCUCUCGAAUCUGCAAAUCCCUGCAGAAGAUCCUUAGCUAAUCAUGUAUACUUAUAAUACUUCUUUUAGUCGAAGGUUCCUUUUGAUAAACGUAUUAUCGAACAAUGCAAUUCGUAAUUAGUCUCUUCCAGAACGUGUCAAUUAUCUUAGUAAUCUGGGUAAAAGCAAAAAAAAAACACGAA